CCAAAUAUUCUCUCUAUUUAAAUACCAAUCCCCUUUCCCUUUUGCUCUCAAACACUCUCUCUUCCAUUUUUCUAUUCAUCCGAACACCAAAAAGCAGAGCUCUCGAAAAUCUUCUCCCAUGGCAACUCUAAGAGUACUUUCCAGCUCUAUUAGAUUAGCCGGCGUAAAUCCGAGUAAUUCCUCUCUUAAUCGGCCUGCUUCCGUCAAGAUUUCCGGUCCAUUGUUCACUCAAAGCUCCAAACUCUUCUCCCCUUCCAAGAAUCUGAGUUUCUCCGCUACUGGAAGAUCGUUCUCUUCCUCUACUCAAGCCAGUGCCUCUGAUUCCUCCAAUCCAAGUGUGUUUUUAGGUGGUAGAGUUCAGGAAUUAUAUGUUUAUGAAAUCAAUGAAAGAGAUCGUCAAAGUCCUGCGUAUCUUAGGUUAAGCCAGAAGAAUACGAAUGCGCUUGGUGAUCUGGUUCCUUUCACUAACAAACUAUAUACCGGAGAUCUACAAAAACGGGUAGGAAUAACGUCGGGGCUAUGCAUAUUGGUGCAAAACAAACCGGAGAAGAAAGGUGACCAUUACGAGGCAAUUUACAGCUUUUACUUCGGGGAUUACGGUCACAUAGCAGUUCAAGGUCCUUACCUCACCUACGAGGACACGUACCUUGCCGUGACUGGUGGGUCAGGUAUCUUCGAAGGCGUUAGGGGUCAGGUUAAGUUACAACAAAUCAUAUUCCCUUUCAAACUCUUCUAUACCUUUUACUUGAAGGACAUUGGGGACUUGCCUCCGGAACUUGUAGUCAAGCCCACUGAGCCCACCCCGGCUGCUGAGCCCACACCUAAUGCUAAGGCUUGUCAUCCUCAUGCCACCAUCUCUGGUUACACUGACUAAGGGUUUGGUUACUUAAUCCUACUUCGGUUAGCCCUCUCGAUUCCUUUCUCAAUCCAUUCUAUAAACCAUAUGUUCCUUUGUAGGGCGAUGAUAGAUGUCUUAACUAGUUAGAUUUAAUUUGGUUUGCAACUAUACUAUGUUCUUUUAUGUUUUAGUUAUGGUUUCGAUUCGUUGGCCUAGUUAGCUAUGAUAUUUUCUCUCAUAUAUGAAUUGUAAUUUUGUAGACUAUCAAGAGUGUUUGAUAUAGAGGUUGUAAUUUCAGUGUAUAAUAAAAUUGUUUCACCAAGGUGAAUUUAAUUUAGUAAUAAUUGAUAGGAUCUUUUACCAUAAA